AUGGGUCAGACAGAAUCCAGUACUCGUUCUAUGUAUCUUAAAAUUCUUAAGAAGCUUCUGCAUAAAAAAGGAAUUCAUUUUGAUCAGGAAAACUUGUCUGAUUUUUUAAAGUUUAUUCAGGUGAUUAGUUCCUGGUUACCUGAGAAUGGAACAUUAGAUGCAUCUAAUUGGAAAAAAGUAGAACAGGAUAUGAAACUUAGGCUAAAGAAUCAUAAAGAUGAUGGUAAUGAUUCUGCCCCUGAAAAUGUGAUUGUGUAUUGCUAUAUUGUUAAACAAGCUCUUACUCAUGCAGAAAUUACUGAUUUGUUUGACUCUUCUAGUACAACCGUAGAUGUAGCUGAUGCACAGCAAAAGUCAGACUCUUCUGGCUCAGACUUUGAUAACCUGGAUUUUGAGGAUGACUUCAUUGUAGAGAAAAAGGCUACCCAAUAUCAUGACCCAGAUUGGUCUUCUACUCACCGUCGUCCACGGCUUAAAGAAGCAAAAAGUAAAACAACGCCACGGCGCUCUUGUCUCCAUGCAGCUAUGAAAAAGCCUGUCGACAGGAUGAUUGAAACCAGAUUUAUCAGCGAUAUACAACCCAGAAACUUCACAGAUGAUUUCAAAUUCCUGCUCUUGGGACUGACAGAAGAUGCAGAAUUGCAGUGCCUGCUUUAUAUGUUGUUCCUCAUCAUGUAUCUGGUCACUGUGCUUGGAAACCUGCUCAUUGUCCUGGCUGUCAGUUCUGACUCCCACUUAUAUUCUCCCAUGUACUUCUUUAUCUCCAUUCUGUCCAUUACUGACAUCUGUUUAAGCACAACUACCAUCCCAAAUAUGCUGGUGAACAUCCAGACACAGAAUAAGAGCAUCACAUACACAGGCUGCCUCUGCCGGAUGUACUUUGUCCUGGUUUUUAGUGGUCUUGAAAAUUUUCUUCUUGCAGCCAUGGCCUAUGACCGCUAUGUGGCCAUCUGUCACCCACUGAGGUACACAGUCAUCAUGAAUCCCAGCUUCUGUGGCCUGUUGAUUCUACUUUCUGUAUUCAUUAGUAAGGGGAAUGCACUGAUCCAAAGUCUUAUGGUUUUGCAUCUCUCCUUCUGCAGAGAACUGAAAAUCCUUCAGUUCUUCUGUGAACUUGCUCAGGUCCUAAAGGCCUCCUGUUCCAGCACCCUCAUCAACAAUAUCGUGAUAUAUUUUUUUGCUUGCAUAUUGGGUGGCAUUCCUCUUUCUGGGAUCAUAUUCUCUUACACUCAAAUUAUUUCCUCUGUUUUGAGAAUACCAUCAACUGGUGGAAAGUAUAAAGCUUUUUCUACCUGUGGGUCUCACCUUUCAGUUGUUUUUUUAUUCUAUGGGACAUCUACAGGUGUGUACAUCAGUUCUGUGUUUUCACACUCUUCCAUAAACACAGCAAUAGCCUCAGUGAUGUAUGUUGUGGUACCUCAAAUGAUGAAUCCAUUUAUCUAUAGUCUAAGGAACAAAGACAUAAAGGUAAGCUUGUCAGAACUCAUUGGUAAGAUAUCUUCUUUUAAAUGA